AUGGUGGCUUCUGGCAAACAAAGCCUUUGUAUGGAAGUAUUGCGGUCGAAGUAUAAAGUCAAGAAGGAUUGGCUUAGAACAAAGCUAAGUAAAUUUGCCUCUCCUACAUGGCAUGCGAUAGAAAAAGCAAAGAAGUUGAUUGAAAAAGGAGCUUGCUUCCUUUUGAGAGAUGGGAAAUCCAUUAACGUAUGGGUUGAUCCUUGGAUUGAGGAUUUUAAGCCGAAUCCAAGGAUAGACGACUACCUCCAACUCCCCAUCAAGGCACACCAUCUCAUCGACCAUACCUCUAAAGCAUGGGAUGAAGAAAUGGGAACCUUUACUGUAAAAUUUGUUCAUCGUGUGGCAUUUACCCAAGUUUGUGAUGGAAGCCCAGUUAACUCCCUUUGGAAGAAUUUGUGGAAAGCGAGGCUUUCGGAACGUCUAAAAAUGUUAUUAUGGAGGAUUGGAGCCAAUGUCAUUCCCACAGGAGAGAAUCUCCAACGAAGAAUACAGCAUAUAGACUCGAUCUGCAAUUUUUGCGACACAAAAGUUGAGAGCAACAUCCAUCUUUUUUUAGAGUGUCAUUUUGCCAGAGCUCUUUGGACAAUUACAAGUUGGGGCAUCAGGAUUGAUACUACACCUCUAACCUCAAGCAAGGACAUCAUAAAGCUUAUCGUUAACCCACCCAAUGCCCCAAUACCAACAAAUGAGCAAUGGAUUGUAACUCUAAACAUGGCACUCAUCAUUGACGAAAUCUGGAAUUCUAGAAACCUCAAGCUUUUCCAACAAGAACAAGCCAACUUGCUCAAUGCCAAGCAUCGUGUGCAAGCAAGGUUUCAAGAAAUCUCCAAAGUCUUCGCCUCAACCAUCUACCCCACCCCGAGGUCAUGCUCUACCUCAUGGUCACCUCCCUCGCCAGAUCACAUCAAAAUUAAUGUGAAUGCGAUUUUAAACUCAUCCAAAACUGCUCUAGCUGUGGUUGCUCGAAAUCACCAUGGAAAGGUGCUCUUCGUUUGGGGAAAAGUGCACCAACUCUGCCCCCCUUUACAAGUAGAAGCGUUGGCACUUCUUUGGGUUGUCCAUCUAGCCAUCCAAAACCAUUGGUGCUUUGUCAUGUUUGAGGAAGACUCAAAAAUCUGCAUUGACGCUUUGGACCACCCUAUUCAAACUCCCAGAUGGACUCUAAACACUAUCAUUAGCAAUAUUCGUAACUUAUCUUCCUGUUUUUCUUCUUGUAAUUUCUGUUAG